AGAUGCAUAACUCAAAUGCCACUCAUGCUCUUUUGCACAAAAGUGAAUUAGAAAGUGAAGGAAUUUAUGGCUGUGAAGUAUCCACAGAAGUACCAUCAUUUAGGACCAUAAAAGCUGAAAAAAGAAUGCAUGUUUAUGUUAUACCAGAAGAAGGCCCAACUAUAUACGGUAUGGUUGACAGAUAUGCUAUCGGAUCUGAAGUUAAUUUAACGUGUGUUUAUGGACCAUCUAAACCAGCCGCUGAUCUGACUUGGUACAUUAAUGGAGAAAAGGUCCCGGUAUCAUACAUAUGCGAGGAAAAAGAGGAAAGCAAUGCAGGUGAGCUCAAAACCACUGAGUCCCGCCUAAUGUUUGUAAUAGAUCCUAGUCACCUUCGGCAAGGGGUUCUUAGCGUUCAGUGCACUGCAUCUGUCACUUUAGUCUACUCAAAUAGUAGCCGAGAAUUAAUAGUUAGUGAGGGGGUAUCUGGACCCGAGUUUCUUCAUGUGCCACAUGCUCCACCAGGACAUGAAGGGCCAAAUAUUACUGGGAACCAACAGAAGUAUUACAUUGGAGACAUAGUAGAUGUAAAUUGCACAUCUGCGAGAUCUUCUGAACCCGCCCAACUCCAUUGGUACGUCAACAACAAUGAGGUGAAACCGGAAUUUCUAUCUGAAUACCAUCCAAUUACAUACCCAGACGGUUACUCCUCCUCAAAACUCGGACUGCAGUUUCGUGUACAAGAGGAACACUUCAAAAGCGAAGAAAUGAGGCUAAAAUGCACUUCCACAUUGUCAAAAACCAUUACGAUGACAUGCGAGGAGAGAAUAAGUGGAGGCCAUCAAAGAAGUUCUGGACUUCAGACGGCGGACAGUUCAGAAUCAGGAUGGAGCCAAGUAGAAGCUCUGCAGCUCCGCUGGAUUGUGAUAAUAUUGUGCCUAGCUCUCAUGUUACGCAGCUGACCAGAUGACAAGUUCAUUCUUUAGUAUUAAUUGGGCCCUGAGGCGUAAAAUGUUGUAUAAUUUUUAAGUAAAAGAAGCCGAAUAUGAAGGACAAUGAACAAUUUGCAAAGGACAGCUUGUAUAAUUAGGCAAUUUCUUCUGACAGACGACGACGUGUCUUUAUUAAAAGCAGAAAAAUAACAACGCAUAUCUUAUAGAUGUAUCCAAAAUUAGAGCUGUCUUGAAGCUGAAAUGUGAACAUUAAAUUCAGUAAAUCAUUUUUUCUAGUUUUUGAGCAAAAAUAUAAAAUCUUUGAAUUUUGCAGACCAGAAAAUAAAAGGAUAAAAGAUCAGUAAUAUUUAAUUAAAAUGCAAUCCUAUUUUCACCAAUCGUUUGUUAUUGUACUGUUCUUCAAACUGGUCAAUAUGUUAGUUGAAGAAUAAAAAUUCAAAGGGAUUGUCUUAAUCACACAGCCGACAAAGAAUACCAAAAAAGAGACUUUUUAUGACAAAACAUAGUUCAACGUAUUUGUUUGAAAUAAAGGUGGAAUAUUCACCCUAAAA